AUGCAUGCUCCAUGGUCGAUCGCUCUCAUCAUGCUGGGCAGCCAGUUAGUUGUCGCCAGCAGCAGUAACGACAACUCCUGCGGUACCUGUAACGUGGGGUAUACCUGUCAGGGUGGUACAUGUAUCCUGGACACGGCCCGAUUGACAGGCAAUCCUCUGCCGAAUAUCACCUCCGAUAACCCCGGUGGUCCAAUCAAAACAACCGGAAUGUCUACUAGUACGGAGAGCACCAGCACGGGCGAAGCAAAGACGACCAGUACCGCGAUGGGCGGUUCGACAUCGAGCGCUGGUGAAGCAAAGUCUACUUCCAAGACCGAGUCACACUCAUCCUCUCCGUCGAUGACCUCGCAGGUGGCGUCAAGCUCUUCGGCUGCUUCGUCUUCUUCGGCUAGAGCUGCGGCAUCGACUAGCGCCGGCGCCGCUAGUACGCUCUCUACGGAUUUGGAUUCGUGGGUUGCGUGGGGAUUCGCCUGGGCUAUUGGAUUGCCGCUUGUGGCUUGA